CCCAAGUAUUCAGAAACGCAAUCAAGCCUCGUCAUCUAUUCAACAUUCAUUUCACCGUGUUGCAUUGAGCAUCGCACGCAUAGCGUCGGGUCCACCAUGAAGUUCGCUACGUGCAUCGUCGUCGCCCUAGGCUCAAGCGUCCUUGCGCUUCCCGAUCCCGCGUCUCGAAGCGCAAUUCAGCGCAGAGCAAAGGGCGAGUGCCGCCGGCCAGGAGCCUCAACAGCUGCUGCACCAGGCCAGACCCCUGGACCGGUGGCGGCAUCAAACAUCGGCGAAGACCAGCUACUCUCAUGGGUGUCGCGACCAGGACCAGCGGACAUCGAAAAGAACAAAUGCAACGACAACCCCAGGGAAAGACUCCUAACAGUUAAAAAUUUCGAGAAAAUCCUCGCAAAAGCCAAAAAGUGCGGAACGGGCAUCGCGUGUAGGACGGUUGACGACCCGGCAGUCUGCUUCGCCAAGUUCAAGGCACCUCCCAAUCAUCCGAAAACUAAGCUGCCCUGGAAAGAACCGGACGAAUCUGACUAUGAAUAUGACGCGCUCUGCGAGGGAUUGCCUUGGAAAACCUUUUACCCCGAGGUCCCCUGCGGCACAAAGCAACACUGCGUGUCUUACGACUGGACCAACCCGAAUGACGACAAGUUCCGCAACGAAGCGGACUGCCUCGGUUCCCACGAAAAGAAGGAAUAGGACGAUUGCAUCGCAUGGGGGGCCCAAGUUGAAACUGUUUCUAGGGAGUCGCGAUAGAGUUGAGUCGAUGUGAGAUGGUAAUUGAGAGCUUAGCUUAGCUUGGCCGCUACACGCUG